CCUAGCUUAAAAUCACUUCCUGAAACGGCGCUUGAUACUGUUCACUGUUAUUCAGCCACCGCAAAACGUAUAUCUCCUUUUUAAUGUUCGCAUGUAAGACUGUUACUUCAGAAAGUGGUUGUAGGUCAGUGUAAUGGACGUCAGCAAAAGAGUUACUGUCAUGUUUUUAUACAGAUCUGUGCACUUUUAAUGUUGUUUGCUAGGUAAGCUAGCUUUGUGUUCGUCUGUGUCUAAAACGUGACCAGACUAUGCAGGUUCAGUUAAUGUUAAUAUUGUCAACGCGUUAAAACACGUGUUAACGCCUAAACCGUUUGCUCGCGUUGUCAUUCGCACAGCAAACUGUGAUUAAUAGUCAUUAUAACUGCAGUGCAGGUGUUUCCCCUUUAUCAGUGGCGGAGGGAGUGUUCGGUCUGACGUAAACAUGCGACACCUUGGCGGCCUUCACUUGUUUUGAAAAAAGUCAGUUUAAGUUGUAUUUUAGUCGUCUUGGUGAACAAACGACCACCCUGAUCGAUUCACGAAGAGUUCUCCCUGUUUGACUUUCCUUUAGAAGACUUGAAGUCUUCAACCCGAAGCGCAAAGUGAUGGAUCCUGCACUCCAGAAGCACUCUCUUCCACAUUUCUCAUCUUUUACUCGAGAGACUCCAAUCAAGCCUUCUCAAGUCCCUAACCUGCUUUCUCAUCCACCACAGAGGAGACUAUUGCCUCCCCAGACACCCAACGAGUGCAGUGUUGACAUGUUAAGCCCACAGACGUAUCCAGCGGGAAUAAAAUAUCCAUCACCGUUUAUUCCAAAUAGUUCCACAAACAUUGAUUCUUUGAUUAAAGACAGACUUGGUGGUCUAAAGCAUGUUCCUCCAGCUAAUGGCCUUGUUCUGAGCCCGGUUAACAGUGUCACUACAGCCAGGGAAAAUCUGGCUCUUCAGCACAACGUGAUGCAUUCGGGGCCAGGCUAUAUCAGUUCCUCUCAGGUUGUUCGAGCCAGCCUAAUGAAGACUCAUACCUCAGCUGAGAGAUCUUUAAUUCUCACUGUAUUCAAUUCUCCAUCCUCUCAGCCAGGGAAGUCUUUAGGCAACCACCUCCCAUCCUGCCACUUCAGGAGUGAUCAAGAAGCCGAAACCAAAAUCCCGUCCUCUAACUCAAGAAAAAACAAUGAUGUGUCACAAAGACAAGAACCAAAUAAGUGCCAACAACGUGAACAGAGACAUUCAAGCGAAAGAACAGUUCCAGUGAUGGAUUUGAAUAGCACGUCCCAAAAGAGACACAGGGAGGGGGGGCCUUGCUUGAAGAACACCAAGAAACCAUGUCUUAAAGGUAAAAACUAUGGACCAACAGAGACGACCAAACACAUUCCUGGGACGUCACCAAGAUCUCCACUGGACCCUCAGCCAUCCCCGAAGGGCUGUUCAGUCUUCGAAUUAUCACCUGAAACAACAGGCAGACUUCUCAAAUCUGAGUCGGCAUGCUCAGCGUUAUCGUCCACACUCAAACCCUCGCAGUUAAACUUCAAUAAUGCAAAGAAAACACCAUCAACAGGGGCAAAGCAAGGCUUUAUAACCACUGAGAAUAAUAUAAUAAAAUUAAGAUUGACCUCAACUCUCAGUGAAGAGGUUCCAAGGAAGCAAAACGAGGAAAACCCAAAAAGGGGCAAAUCAGGUUCUUCUAAAGUUCAUCAGAAGGAAUAUAAUAAACCUCCACAUGGUGGUCCAGUCUGCAAUAACUCUGAUCACAAGGACUCUAGUAUUCCAGUCAAGACAGAAAGUAAAAAAACAGAUUGCAGCUCUCCAAAACCAGCACCAAAGCCUAGUUUGGGUUCCUUGAGUUGUAGCACAACUGAACGCAGUAAAGCGAGUCGUGUACGAAGACCAGUGGUGGUCCUUGAAGACGUAGAUCUCCUCUUCACCCCUGAUCCCAAUGUUUAUGUAGUUAAGCCUGCAUGUAAGACUCCAAAGUCAAAGAUGGAAGAACAGACGGUAAAAUCACCCACUUCAAAGAAAAGUUUUAGCCCUACAUCCAGCUGCAGUCCAACAGUUGCUCCUGUAUCUUGUCCUGUCAUGCGGCCUCCACGUGUAGCCUCCUCACCAGCACCUAACUUGGCUGCCUGUUUGCCAACUGUGGCUUUAGAGCGUAUAAAACUGGAAAAAUUGAGUCUUUGUUCUAAAGAUAGAGGCAUCAGAAACAGUCUUGUCACGUCUUCAGGAAGACAAUCUAAGGAUGAGAAUAUUAAACCUCUGCACAAUGACUCCCCGACACCUAAAGCCAAUGAGGGUUUGUGUUGCUCAGAGACCGACACAGCAGCCUCUCUACAGGAGACUUCAUCUCCAUGCAUGAAGUCUACACCAUUGGAGGAGGAGGAAAGCGAAGGGAGUAAGGAGGUGAAAGAAGACUCUAUAGACGUUGAACUUGACCUUGGGCUGAGCAUUUCAUAUGAUAUAGAUGUAACCCAGAGCUCCGACAGCAGUGAGGAGGAGCCACUGAUCUCCUUCCAGGAGAUGAUGGAGCGUGUAACAAAACCUCCAGACACACCACAGAAAGAAGCCUUCUCAGAGCCAAGCACACCGGGAUGUCGUAGCUCUCACUCAAAAACUCGUCUGCUGCCAUCCACUACAAAACCAGGAGUCUACAAGAACAACCUGGACCAGAUGCUGAAGGAGAUUAACAGCAACAAGAAAGCAAAGGAGAUUGAGGCACAGCUUCUAACUGCUUGCAAAGAAGACCUCUUGAGGUUAGCAGAGUAUGAAGAAGCAGAGGAGAACCAAGUGGAGAUAACCACUGAACACCAAGAGUUUCUGCAGCACUUCUCGUUGAUGUCUGCUGCAAUCAGGGAAAUCCCGCCAGGGGAGGUAGUUUUUAACUUGGAAAAGUUUGGCCAGAUAUUUGACCAGGAGACACUGCAGCUCAGGCAGUGCCUCGUCAAUCCACAAGGGACCUCACAGAAAACACUUCUUUGGUCCAGUCCUGCUCAGCUGAGACUGCACCUGAAUAUUGGUCUGUUUGAGGAAGCUUACAGUAGCUCACCUUGUCCAGCUCAGGUUACCCGCUUCCUUUUCAAGAUGAUGUCAGUCCAUAGUGAAAAGAUCGUGUCCGAUAAGAUCCUACAUGCCCUUUGUGACAUUGCCUGUUCUGCUGCUUAUCAGAUAGUGAACAAUGAACAUCAGCAGUUCGAAGUGUGGGUCCCCAGUUUGGCCGAUGUGACGCUGGUCCUCCUGAACAUGGGCGCUGCAUUUGUGACACUCUUCCCCUUCGAGAACCUGCAGCCAUUAUUCACAGAGGGAGAAUUGCUAGAGGAUGUCUAUAUUAAAAGUAAGAGUCCUUCCAAUAACAAGGAAGAGAUCAUUUUCCCUGAACACAACUGUACAAACAUCCUAAAGUACCUGUCUUACUGCAUGGGCCUUUGCCCUCGUGCCUACAGUGACGACGAACUGCUGUUGCUGCUGACUGUGGUGGGAAGGAUCAGCCUGGAAACACGGCGCAUCCUCCAGUCCAAUGUAGAAGUGAGCUGUCUGCUGUAUAAAAUGAUCAACAACAUCAGGGACUGGUCUUCUAUGCUGCCCAGAGUCUGUAAGGCCCUGACUGUUUUGACCGAUGAUCACCACAACAUGUGCCUGCUAGUUCAACUCCUGCCUGACAGUACACGUGGAAAACGACUUCGCCGCCAUCUAAGCCUGUGCUUUGUCUCCAAGUUGUUGGAUGGAGAUUGCACCUAUAGCCCUAUGGAGGAAGAGCUUCAGCUUGCUGAGUUGAGGCCAUAUCUUCCCCAAAUUCAACCCUCCGCCCUUCUCCGGCGUAUACAGCAGAAGGACAAAGAAGAGGACCUGGCUACUCAGGAUCAGCAGGCCUACUACCUGUGCUAUAGCCUUCUGACUCUGACAAAUGAGGCAUCUAGUUUACAGGUCUUCCUACCUGACCAGAAGGCACAGCUGCUUGUUUUAUCGUCAGAGCUGGAAACCCACGUUAAAUGUGACAUCAGGGAGAGCGAGAAAUGUCUUUACCGCAGCAAGGUGAAGGACCUGGUCGCCAGGAUCUACACUAAGUGGCAAAUGCUUCUCCAGAAAACCAGGCCUCUCAAUGGUAAGCUGUAUGAUUAUUGGCAACCUGUGGAAACCUUCAACACCGAAGACGACGGAGAGGCAACUUUUAUUGAAGAUGAUGAAGACAAAGAAACUACAUUAAUUGAUGAGAAUGACACUAUGAUUACCAAAGAGGAAGAGAAAGAAACAGAAAAAAUGGAGGUUAAAGAGGACACGGAAAUAGUUGAAAGUCCGGGAGACAAGGAAGACGAUACAAAGACAAGUGAAGUAAAAGCGGCAGUAGAAGAAGGGACUGAUCACUUUAACCAAGCAAUGCUUGUGAUGCAGCCUCCAGCAAUGGAUGAGCAAACUGAUCCCAGUCCUAAAGAAUGUACAGACAUGGAGAAGGAGACUCCUGGAAGGGAAGAAGAGUCCCCCCCUGAUGCCAUCAUGUGAAUCAUGCAGUCGUGCAUAUCUUUUUGUCUGGGUGUUAAAACUUGAUGCCUUAAAGUAAAGUUUAUUUGCACUUUUAAUUGUUGACUUGUCUUUUGUGAGUACUUAACUCUCAGGUUAGCUGUAUGCAAUGUAGGUUUUGUUAAAUCUUUUUAUACUGAUGAAUAACUUGUUUACAGAGGUCAGAAGUCUGGCAAACGUUUCGGUUCGUGCUACACACAAAUUAAAUUUAUUCAGUUUGUUCAUUAAUAAUUUACUGAAAAAUGUAUUGUCAUUUUCUUUUUUUCACAUCGGUUGUGUAAAUGCCAGAUUUAGUAUUUUUUUUCUUGUUCUAUUUUUAUUAACUUUUAAUAAUAAAUAAAAUUUUUUCAGAAAUGGCA